AACAGCUGUGCAACAUUCUUGGAAGCAAGGACUUUGAUAGCCUGAAGUCAGACAGUGAACUUGUUUUUGUUUCUUUUUUAAGUGAGCAAAGAAUUGUUAUAAGGAAAACUACAUUUAUUUUAUAAAUUACUAUCAUUUUGCAUAUAAAAUCUAAUGUCUGCAACUGAGAAAUCAGAGGCAUGCGGAGCAAUGUUUGAAGAAGACACAGAUCAAAUCUACGAGAAUGUCUUAGCUGAGAUCCAGUCUUUUGAGCUGCCCAUUGAAGUGACUUUAAGGUCUGUGUAUGAUGACCAGCCAAAUGCACACAAGAAGUUUAUGGAAAAGUUAGAUGCUUGUAUCCGUAAUCACGACAAGGAAAUUGAAAAGAUGUGUAAUUUUCAUCAUCAGGGUUUUGUAGAUGCAAUUACAGAACUCCUUAAAGUAAGGACAGAUGCAGAAAAACUGAAGGUGCAAGUUACUGAUACGAACCGAAGAUUUCAGGAUUCUGGGAAAGAGAUGAUAGUACAAACAGAAGAUAUUAUUCGGUGUAGAAUUCAGCAAAGGAAUAUUACAACUGUAGUAGAAAAAUUGCAGUUAUGUCUUCCAGUCCUGGAAAUGUACAGUAAACUAAAAGAACAGAUGAGUGCAAAAAGGUAUUAUUCUGCCCUAAAAACUAUGGAACAGUUAGAGAAGGUGUACUUUCCCCGGGUUAGUCAAUACCGGUUUUGUCAGUUAAUGAUAGAAAAUCUUCCUAAACUCCGUGAGGAUAUUAAAGAAAUCUCCAUGUCUGAUCUCAAAGACUUUUUGGAAAGCAUUCGAAAACAUUCCGACAAAAUAGGUGAAACAGCAAUGAAACAGGUCCUAAGUGUUCAGGAUCUUGUUGAUUUUUCUCCUGUUUACCGAUGUUUGCAUAUUUAUUCUGUUUUGGGUGAUGAAGAAACGUUUGAAAAUUAUUACCGAAAACAAAGAAAGAAACAAGCGAGACUGGUAUUGCAGCCCCAGUCAAGUAUGCAUGAAACAGUUGAUGGCUAUAGAAGAUAUUUCACUCAAAUUGUGGGGUUCUUUGUGGUGGAAGAUCACAUUUUACAUGUGACGCAAGGAUUGGUAACCAGGGCAUACACUGAUGAACUUUGGAACAUGGCCCUCUCAAAGAUAAUCGCUGUCCUUAGAGCUCAUUCAUCUUACUGCACUGACCCUGAUCUUGUUUUAGAGCUGAAGAAUCUCAUUGUAAUUUUUGCAGAUACUUUACAGGGUUAUGGUUUUCCGGUGAAUCGACUUUUUGACCUUUUAUUUGAAAUAAGAGAUCAAUACAAUGAAAUACUACUUAAGAAAUGGGCUGGAGUUUUCAGGGACAUUUUUGAAGAAGAUAAUUAUAGCCCCAUUCCUGUUGUCAGUGAAGAAGAAUAUAAAAUAGUCAUCAGCAAAUUUCCCUUUCAAGAUCCAGAUCUUGAAAAGCAAUCUUUUCCAAAGAAGUUUCCCAUGUCUCAGUCAGUACCUCAUAUUUACAUUCAGGUUAAAGAAUUUAUUUAUGCCAGCCUUAAAUUUUCAGAGUCACUACACCGGAGUUCAACUGAAAUAGAUGAUAUGCUUAGAAAAUCAACGAAUCUGCUGCUGACGAGAACUUUGAGUAUCUGUUUACUGAACCUUAUUAAAAAACCACAUAUAGGUUUGACAGAGCUAGUGCAAAUCAUCAUAAACACAACUCACCUGGAACAAGCUUGUAAAUACCUUGAGGACUUUAUCACUAAUAUUACAAAUAUUUCUCAAGAAACUGUUCAUACUACAAGACUUUAUGGACUUUCUACUUUUAAGGAUGCUCGACAUGCAGCAGAAGGAGAAAUAUAUACAAAACUUAAUCAAAAAAUAGAUGAAUUUAUUCAGCUUGCUGAUUAUGACUGGACAUUGUCUGAGCCAGAUGGAAGAGCUAGUGGUUAUUUAAUGGAUCUAAUUAACUUUUUGAGAAGCAUCUUUCAGGUGUUUACUCAUUUACCUGGGAAAGUUGCUCAAACAGCUUGCAUGUCAGCCUGCCAGCAUCUGUCAACAUCCUUAAUGCAGAUGCUACUGGACAGUGAGUUAAAACAAAUAAGCAUGGGAGCUGUUCAGCAAUUUAACUUAGACGUCAUACAGUGUGAAUUGUUUGCCAGCUCUGAACCUGUGCCAGGAUUCCAAGGGGAUACCCUGCAGCUAGCAUUCAUUGACCUCAGACAACUCCUUGAUCUGUUUAUGGUCUGGGAUUGGUCUACUUAUCUAGCUGACUAUGGACAGCCAGCUUCUAAGUACCUUCGAGUGAAUCCAAACACAGCCCUUACUCUUUUGGAGAAGAUAAAGGAUACUAGCAAAAAAAACAAUAUAUUUGCUCAGUUCAGGAAGAAUGAUCGAGACAAGCAGAAAUUGAUAGAGACAGUCGUGAAACAGCUGAGAAGUUUGGUGAAUGGUAUGUCCCAGCACGCAUAGACUUCACAUCACUUGCACUCAGUGACACCAGAUCUCCGUGACUGAACACUGAUCUCUAACAAGCAUGGGUCAUGAUACAGUAAUUUGUUUACAGAAUUUUAAAAUGCAGCACUGAAAAUACACUGAUGAGGGCUUAAACAAGAAAUCAUAAUAUCAUUUGUAUGGAUUUUUAAGUAAUUGAAUACUUUUUAUAUAUGGAAAAUGUGACAAUUUUUUUUCAAUUUUAGGGGGAAAAGGCAAAACUGUAUGUAAUCAAGUCAAAAAUUGUAUAUGAAACUGGUUGCAAAUACAUUAGAAAAACUUAAGCCUCUCCUUAUAUGUAUUUUUUUGUAUUUAAACUUGAAUGAUGUGUUUUUUCUCAGGUAUAUGGUUUUAGAAUGCAGUCAUGUCAGAUACAGGAGUAUUUCACUGUCAUUUUGAUUUAGCUUUUAUUUUCAUCUCAAUGUGAUUUAAAUAGACUAAAAAAUUUAAUUCUGCUCAUUCUGAGGGGGAAAUACACAAAUCUUUAAACCUCCUUGAAAUCCUAACUCAGUAAGAAUGUAAAUUAUUUGGUGGUUUAAUUUAAAUGUUCUAAAUAUGAAGGAAAUGUUUUGGAUUUUCUAAGGAUGCAGUGUUGUUUCUGCUCAUCAGAGUUGAUGUCUAUAUGUAAUGCUUGUAGCCAACCCCAGUGUAGAUUGGUUUGGUUUGGUUUGGUUCAAGUUAGGAAAGGACAAAUUAAUGGGGGAUAACCACUUCAGGUGCAGCUUAUACUGGAGUGGGUAUGUUCUUCCUACACACAGAAAGUACUACAGGACUUGAGUAAUUUUCUUCAAACAGCAGAUCUCACUACUAUAUCCUCACUGUGGAAACAGACCAAAUCAACUGAAGUCUGGAAAACCUAAAACGUACGUUUUUCUUUGUGUAAGUUGAGGUAAAUGGCAAUGUAAAUCUGAUCUUUAUUUUCUCUGUUCCAUUUAUGCCGAAUACUCCUUUUGCAUUAUCAGGAUUAAUACCUGUAAGAAAACUAUACUUUACAUCUCUUGAUUUUGUGAUGAAAUAUUAAAGGUUGAGCAAGUUGUUGAAAA